AUGACGUCUAAUGCCAAGAAAGGAAAGUCGGCCGUUCUGGAGUUUGGCACACAAACGAAAGGUAAGUGCUAUGUUAUCUGGCGUCAGCUUAAAACAACAGAUCAAGGGGCGGUGAAUUUAUGAACAGUUGAUGUAAAACAUAGUUGUCGAGAGAAUAACCGAGAUAUUUGCGAAACUGGUUUCCGGGGAUGAGUUAAUUUUGCGAGCAACGUUGAUUGCGAGCGCCGAUCCGUGGACGUUUUGCGAAGAGCCUGAGCCAUCGAAUUAGUUAAAGAGAGUCGAGUUAUUUCAUCGCGAGUAGACGGACUGCAAAUACUGAGCAACUUUUGACUAAUUAUUUCGAUUAUUCUGGGGAGAUUAUCAAGCAUUUUGUCAUCAAAGUAAAGACCAGUUGCUAAAAAGUCUGCGCAUCCCGCACGCUCUUUAUUUUAAGAUUGUAUACGCUUAGAACUUUUCAAGAAUUGGUUUGGAUGUAAUCGGCCAAAAUUGUUUGAUCAAUGGUUCACCUUAUGAUCUUCUAACAAGCAAACUCCUUCAUCUGUUUGGCUUAAUCAAUAAAUGUGUUUGGCUUCAAGGAAGCCUUUUGGUUUUUACGCAUUAACUUCACUUUUUGACUUCUUUAAAAAGCUAAUAUGUCGAGUUCAUGUCCUAACUUUGUAGCGAUGUUCAAUUUUCCGCAAUAUGUUUGCAAAUGAAAUCACCGUUUUAUUUCAAGCAGAUGAAUGUAUUUCCUCGUGGUCGUAAACAAAAAAAUACCUUGGUUUAAAUUUGUCAAUUUGAAAGUGUUUGGAACAUUAAAUAUUUAAAUCUCUUGAAAUCGAAAACGAAUGUGUGAAAAUCAUUGAGAGCUGGUAUUCAAAAUCUUGGAGAUUCUGGUGUUUGUUCUAGUUUUCAAGAGACCGCAGGCAUUCACAAAUGACCUUAUUAAGUAUUCCUCGGACCUAUCUUUACAUCUUGGAAACUCGUUACUUUGAAAAUUUUUCAUCUUGUUCCCUCGUGGCUACUACUCAAGUUGUUGCUAGUUAAAUGAACUAACUUUGACAUAUAAUUAUGUGCUCGUGAUUCUGUAAGAUGUAAGAGCGAACGGAUUUCUACCGCAAUGUAAACUAGCCAUUUCGCUUUACCCGUGGCAACCUUAUUUAACAUUUUCGAACAACUUAACUCCAAUUACGUAGCAGGUGAUGUAUUAAACGCAUUCAUGUUUCGCAGCUGAUGGAAUGCACAACAUUUCAGCCGUUUAUUUCUUCUUUGAAGCUUAUCAAUCAAAAAUAUACCAGUUUGUUUUUUGUCACGAAAUACUUGACUGUAGUAAAAUGCAUCUUCACACCUUCAGCAAUUAUCUAAACGGCCGUAUUUUUCGGUUAAAAAGUUGUCUGUAGCCACGUGAGUCAUUUAAUCGAAUGUGCAAUCACAUGUUUUUGUUUACAGCGCACUGUACCUGGUUCUCCGUGAUUCUGUUUCUGUCAAACGUUCUUAGAUCAUCGAUUCCAAAUGUUAUUUUCUCGAGCAAUAAUUGUAUGAUAUUUAGUUUCAGCUAUGACCUUUCGUUUGACGAACAGAUCAGAAGACAGGUUUUUUACAAUGCAAUGGAUAAAAUUCCCGAACUGAAAACUCAGACAUUUGCUAGCUUGUAGAAUAACACAAUAACACAAUUACGUACAGUUGCUUAAGUUGUAAUUUCCCACCGAAGCAAUAUUGGUAUUUUUAUAUGUUAGUGUUGGUUGGUGUUCCAAUAUCCUUUGAUCCACUAUUUUGGCCAAACAUGCUCUAACAUCUGCAUAUAUUUUUUUAAAAGCAUUUUCUACUGAAAUUUGAUUAUGGGACACAAUUCCUAAAAGACUUCCCAAGAACUACACCAUCUUUCAUUGUUGUGAAGUCAAGUCAAAUACUCUCCUACCAAUUUAUGUAAAAGUGCCCAUUUGUGUUCCAUUGUCUCUGACUGGAACCACUUCCUGUCUCACAAAAUUCUUCCUUCGUGAUGCUAUAUAUAACAAGGGUUUGAACAAAAAUGUUGCACACUUAAUCAGGAUUUAAACAUCAUCACUUGCAUUUUGUCAUAUUUCCUGAAAUAAUUCUUGAUGUGGUAAAAGUAACACACAAUAUUGUUUUGUAUGAGUUAUAAUAUAUAUAACAGGAAGUUAUCCUUUUUUUUUUCUGACAAUCACAACAUAAUAUGAUCUUUAGACUUCCUUCUCAAACAGGAUCUGCCUCUACAAGAUAUUAAAUUUCUAAAUUAAGCUGAAACUUUUGGCAAUGAAACAACUUUUAAAUUUUUACAGUUUUCUCAGAAUUUUUUGGAGAUUAUUGUCACCAGUUAGAAUGAUUUGAAUACUAUAUACACUCUAAAUGUUACUCUGCUUGUAAAAUUUGUACCUUGAAAAUUAAUUAGCUUAGGGUGGUAGCAUUGGUUUAACUCUACAUGUGAAUUAUGGCUGAAAGCUGAGUAACUUUCUUUCAUUUUUGCGUACAACAUUUUACAGGUUACGGAGUUAGAUACAUUGGUUCAAAUGUGUUAAAGUGAUGAUGAUUUUCACGUGCUCCUCAAAUGCUUUUCAUGUGCUUUUUGCCUGUCAAAUUUCGUGCAUGUACUGAAUUUUCAAAGUAAAUGUAAAAACUGUCUGUAGACUACCUAGAAUUUACCAUCACCUGCCGGUUCAUGAUUUCGUAGACAGAGCCCUCUAGUUAACAUCUGUAAUGUAUUAAUCAACUACAUUUCAAUCACUGCUAUGAGAUCUGGAACACCCACAACGAAGGCCGCUCUGACAGGCUACAAAACUUGCAAAAUAGGUCUGCGAGACGCAUAAUGCAUAUCAGCAACUGGAGAUAUUCAUGCGCCAAGGCUGUCAUUGCCUUAGGCUGGGAAACCUUAGACAUUCAGCAAGCAAGGUCUUAAGCUAAAGAAAUGUUUUUUAAGUGAUUCACAACUUGGCUCAAAAUUGUCUCACUGAUCUAAUCUUAAAAAAAAGUGGCACUAUUCAACACAAUCUCAGGGGCUCUUCUACCUUCCUGCAGUCAUUUGUUUCCUUUGUUUUUGGUAUUCAAGUGCUUUUAUUGUUUCUUAUAAAUUAUUUCACAAAUUAAUACUUAACAAAUUACAAAAUGAAAACAAUGAAAAAAGAAAAAAGUCAUUGGAAUAAGCACAUUUGCUAAAAUCAAGACAGGAAACCUGAUGAUUGAAGAAGAGAAAAAACAAAUAAGAGACAACAAUGGCCUUCACUUGGGUUUUCCAUUAUAACAUGAUGGCUGUCUUACUAAAUAGUGUAACACAGUAACAAGUAGUGGCACUAUGCUUUUUAUAUGUAAGUGAUUCUGCCACUUUUUGCAAGCUUUUGGAGCAUUCUCAAGUUAGACCAGAAACACCUCAAGAUUACUUAAGUUCUUACAAUCACUCUUUAUCUUUUUACACUUGAAUUUUUAUCUUAAACAUUUCUCUUCAAUAUUUUUACGAAGCAUCGUUGGCUGAAAAAGAAAAAAAUACUUAAGAGUUCUGGUGAAGCCAAACACUUUUGUGGAUCAUUUUCAUUGAUUGUGUAUGAUCUGAUGUGAAACACAAGCAGUGAAAUUAACUUCAUUUGCGUACAACAUUUUACAGGUUACAGAGUUAGAUACAUUUGUUCAAAUGUGUUAAAGUGAUGAUAGUUUUCACGUGUUCCUCAAAUGCUUUUCAUGUGCUUUUUGCCGGUCAAAUUUUGCGCACGUACUGAAUUUUCAAAGUAAAUAUAAAAACUGUCUGUAGACUACCUAGAAUUUACCAUCACCUACCGGUUCAUGAUUUCAAUUGAUUGCUAUGUGGCAUGCAAAGGAUCUAUGUAGACCCUUUGCGCACCCCAUUUGGGACAAAUCCAGUGUUUUUCCAUUUACUCUAUUAAUCAUACAUCAUUUCAUAUUUCUCUGGGCCAGAACUCUGCAGGGCAAAUACUAAGAAUUAAGAGUACGUUUCAAAUAGAACAUUUUAUAGCCAGAAAGAAUAAUAAACUUGAGAUCCAUUACAACAAAUGGAAACCCCUCCUUCAACUGAUAGAACAAUAGCUGAACUAAUUUAUUAUUUAUAUCAAUAUGCGAUGCCUUUUUUUCUUUUCUUUUAUUCUCAUAGUCCAGUGUAGUGGUAUUUUCUUUGUGUAAUAGAGUAGUGUAAUGUAAAUUUAUGCAUGUAGAAAUUUGUGAUGUAUCUUGCGUACUUGUAAAAACUGUAAAAACCCAAAAACAAAUAAAAUACAAAAAAAUAGGAGCAAAUACUACAAGUAAUAUGUUAAAUUAUGAUAAUCAUGAUAAAUAUAAUCACAUGAAAUAGUACAAUCGCCAAGAUACGCCAUGAGCUCUAUGCGUUCAAGAAAAAAUGUCAUAAAUGAAAACUAAUGGUGUAUGUAAUAUACAUAUAUAUAUAUAUUUAUUUAAAUAUUAUUUACUUUUACUCAGCUAGAUUAGUUUUUCAUUUAUUCUGAGUGAAUGUUACCUUUUUUUGUGUUAACAUAUUAUGUGUGUAAACUAAGUUUAACUUCUCAAUUUGGUAAUGAUAAAGCUUGUAAUAUAAAAGUUUUUACCAUUUUUAACUCACUUCCCAAAGACAGUUCACAGUAACAAUCUUUAUCAAUAUUUAAAAACCCAAACUUACCUUCAAACCUGCUUAUUAUCUCAGAUGUACCAAAUUUGUAAUUCUCCUUACUGUCAACCAUACAAUUCUUACAAUGUUAGUUCAGAGAAUUUAGUGUUGGAUCAACUAAUUAUCCCCAAAUUGAUAGUUUUCUUUAUUCCCAUCACUUGUCUGGUUGAUAUUGUAUUGAUGUUGUAAAGAGAAAUUCUGUCUUGGCCAUUUAUGGGAGUUAAAGGCUUAAUAUUUUAACACACAUUUUUUAGAUUUUGAAUCCUUGCAAAUUAUUUUAGUUGUUGAAGUAUGAACAUUGGGAGUUAAAGGCUUAAUAUUUUAUUAACACAUUUUUUAGAUUUUGAAUCCUUGCAAAUUAUUUUAGAUGUUGAAGUAUGGACAUAGUAUCCACUGACUUAGACUUGUGUUUGAUCUUACUCUGGUAUUGCCUAACACUUUAACUCCCAGAUCAAAUUUGUAAUUCUCCUUCCUGUCAACAAUACAAUUCUUAUAAUGUUAGUUCAGAGAAUUUAGUAUUGGAUCAACUAAUUAUCCCCAAUUGAUAUUUUUCUCUAUUUUCACCCUUAUCUGGUUGAUAUUGUGUUGAUAUUGUAAGGAGAAAUGCUGUCUUGGUCACUCAUGGGAAUUAAAGGGUUAACAAGUGUUUGUUUCUUUCCUAUUAGGUUUUCAAUCAAGUUUAACAUGAAAUGAAUGGAAUUUUUAUUUGUUUGUUGGGGGUGUUUGUAGCUUAGUAACCAGGCAUUUUCAAGCAAUCAUGUUGAUUGAUGAAAAUUCAUGGCAUGUUUACCAGAUGUUUUCACUGGUAAGCAGCACCCUUGAUUUGUAAAGAAAUUUUGGAGAGAAAAGGUGUAGCUCAUAUGCCAAUGUUCACAGUUAGUCUAGUUCCAAUAAAUUUUAUUUAUUAAUCCUAGAACCCAUUGGUUAACCAAGAUGUUAAUGUUGUCUUUUGACAGAGAUGCGCCAGAUUGUUAUCGAGCAGCUGAAAUGCUUUGAGAACAGAACAGAGGGAAAACUGCUUUUUCUGGCAGAUCUGCAGGAAUUUUUCAGAAGGCUGUCAGAAAUUGAGUUGGAAUAUUCUCGAAACCUAGAUAGGCUUUCAAAAAUGUAUCUGGAAAAACUUCAUAGGCAUAAAACACAGAGGUAACUUAAAACAUUUCAACUACAUUGUUAUGUAGUUAUUGAGUCACAAGGUGCACCAUUUUUUACCAGUAAAAUUUGUCCUCUCAUGGAAAAUUGAUGGUAAACUCAGUUUGUAUCUUGUAGCCAAGUAUUUUGGUGAAACUGCUUUGAUAAGGCCAAUUUUUCCCACUUAUAUUUUAAACAAAAUCAAGACAGUGAUUGUUAGUUACCAUAUUUUGUAAGUUUGGUUGGAUUUGAAAAGAACAGAGGUGGCUCUGAAAAGUACUGUGUGUUGUAUAGCCAAGUGUUUGGAAGAAACUGAUGCAAAAAGUUGAACUUUUAUCUGGCCAUUUUAAGUUUUCAAGGCAGUAAUUGAUAGAUAUGGACUUUCAUAAGGUGGUUUUAAAUGAUCUGUGUGGCUCUGAAAAGAAUUGGUGGGAAAAAAAAGAACUGUCUUUGUUUUAAUUGUGGCUCUCUGUUUUGAACUGGUAGUCCACCAUGCUGUUGUAAUUGACUAACAGAGUGUGGGAUUUAUUAAUGCCCUUAUUCACUAUUUAACUUGUGUCACUAGGAAAGAGAAGGGAACCACAAUGGAUUUAUGGCAACAAGUCCUCAUUGAAACAAAGAACAAAUCGAAGAUGCAUCAGGGUCUUGCUGACAAUGUUUCCACUGACAUUGUUAAUAGAUUCAUGAUUAUAAGUGAUGACUGUAAAAGAAUAUCCAAGCAUGUAAGAGUUUAUAAUUAUCUUAAUCCUUUAACCCAAAGUGUGAUUAGCACCCUAUUUCUCCCAACAAUAUCACCCUUGAAUCACACAUUAAGGUCAUGAGAAUAUAGGAAAUGAUCAUCAAAUAAAGAAACUCCUCAUUGCUAUAAACAAUUACUCCUUGACAGCACCAUAGGACAUGUGAAGAGAACAGUAUGGAUAUAUGCACUGAUGUUAGGGUGCGUUGGGUGGUCAAGUGGAAAAACUGUUAUGUUUUAUUUCUAGAUCUUUAUGAUGUCAACUCUUGUCCCCUAAAAGAGACUUGCAUGUAAUAUCUCCUCACAGUAUCACCCUUGAAUCAAGUACAAAGAUGAUGAGAAUAAAAGAAUUGAUCACCAAGUCAAGAAGCUCCUGAUUUUCAAACAAAUUCUCCUUGUCAGUGCUAUGGGAAAUAUAAAGAGAACAGUGUGGAGAAUAUUAAUAUUAAUAUUAGUAAUAUUUUAAGUGAAAGUGAGAUAGGCAACAAGCAUGGAAUAUCUUUAAUUUUGUAAGUUCUCCCUUUUUUUUUUUUUGUAUUUUACAGUGUUGUGAGACAGCUUCAACUCUCCAGGAUGAACUUCUCAAAUCAGUUAACGAUCUUAACAGGGUGAAUACAAAAACUGAGUUGUUAUUCUCAAUGGAACUUUUAUGAUAAAUUGUUCAGCCUUAUACAAGUGUUCAAGAUGAAAAUUGUUACUGAAUUAGACUAGUGUAGUACAACAGGAACUGAAUUUUUUCCAACCUAUCAAAAAAUGUUUUAGCCCCUUAAUCCUUAAUCCUUUAACUCCCAGUUCAAAUUUGUCAUCCUCCUUACUGUUGACCAUGCAAUUCUUAUUAUGUUACUUCAGAGAAUUUAGUAUUGAAACAAUCAAUUAUCCCUAAAUUGAUAAUUUUCUUUAUUCUCAUAACUUACCUGGUUGACAUUGUAUUGAUAUUGUAAGGAGAAAUUCUGUCUUGGUCACUCGUGGAAGUUAAACUCCCAGAUGAGAUCAACAGGUAACUUCCUCCUGUAGUAUCCAUACAUUAUUCAGCAAACUGGUAGUAAGAAUACUCAAACUUAUCAGGUAUGAGAUAUUUUUAAAUAUUGAUCCAACACCAAAUUCUUGCAACAAAUUUACAAGGAAACGUGUAGCAGCUAGAGAGGGAGAAUUAACAAUCCAAUCUUGGGAGUUAAAGGGUUAAACUAUAAGAGUGACCAGCAUCUAAUUUCUCCUCACAGUAAUUACUACUGACCAUUCAUUAAGAUCUUGAGAAUAAUGGAAAUGCUUGCAGAGCUGAGAAGCUUUGAUCGCUAAAUAAAUUCUCCUUAAAAGUACCGAGGGAAAUGUCUAGAGAACUGUAUUGAGAAUAUGGAUAUUGAUGUAAGGGGUAAAGGAUUCAUGGCAUACAUCUUUUUUUUUUGUUGUAGAGACUCCAUCGCUAUCAUGCAAUGGCUUUAGAGAGCAAAACAGCGGAACAGAAACUUCAAAAGAUGGAAGAUUCACGAAGAAAGAAUGAAAAAAUGGCUAAGCAAGUUGAGAAGGUAUGACCAGAGCAGUUUAUAAUCUUGCCAAAAAAAAAUAUAAUUACUCUGAUGCAGUCAAACCUCAGUUAUCUGGACUUUUUUUGGAGAUAUUUUUAUUACAGUGUAUGAGGACUUGCUUUUGUGGUAUUAUUUGUUAUAAACAUUUAUUUGUUACAUUUGCAAAGUGUGACAACGUUUGAUAUUAAUCAAAGCACUUGUAAAGAAGCAGCCAUCAGACUCACAGAAUUUGUUCUGCUUUCCAUGAAACGUUGAUGUUUAGAUUUCUUAAUUUCCAAACAUACCUUUGACAGAUGUUAAUGAUGAUGCACUCUGAUUUGAGAACAUGUGUUAAUUCUUUGGUAAUAUUGAUUUAAGGGUAUGUACAUGAUUUCAAUUUUAUUUUAGGCUUCUUAUUAUUAUUCAUAUUUUUUAUUGUUGAAACUCUCAGUUAUCGGGACUUUUUGGCCCAGCCCCAUAUGACUCCAGAUAAUUGAAGUUUGACUGUAAUUUUUUUCAAGAUGAUAUAAUAUUGGUAUUAUAAAACAGUUAAAAUAGUUAAUGAUUACAUUGUUGAUGACAAUGACCAUAAAUGAUAUAACUGUAGUGGCACAUGUAAACAUCAUUUCAUGUGUUGUUUUACCGGUCUUUAAUAGCACCAACAAAAAUGUACUGAAUGCAAAAAGAGGUGUGUCAAAGCUAAGAAUGAGUAUGUCUUAUCACUGGAGUCUACAAACCAUUUCUUGGAGAAUUAUUACAAUGGAUUUCUCAAGACAUUGGUUGAUGUGAGUAUGCUCUUUUUUCUUUUUCUUUUUGUUUUUUUUUUUUUUUUUUAGAACAAAUGUCCACUGAUCGAUUUUGUUGUUUUUGUUGUCGUCUUGUGAUAGGCAGAGUGUAACUUUACCUCUGAUUGUGCCCCAUACUGUAGGUUAAGUCUUUGAGGUCAAGGGACCCAUUUUUUUUGGUCAAAAUUCUCAAUAAAAAUUAUGAUAAAGUUCCUCCACAGGAAAAAGGAAACUUCUAAAUGUGCCUCACCCCCAAUAUGUGGCUUUGUAGCUCAGUUGGUAGCAGUAGCGAACUUGUAUCUGGAAGCCAUGCAUUUGAAUCCCGUUGAAGCCUGAAUUUUUUCCAGGCUUUUCUUUUGCAAUUGCUAAAAUUACAGCUUAUCUACAAGGAUCGUAGCUUUACCAGGCCUUUUUUUUCUAUUGAAUCUAUGAUGGUAUCUUUAUCAUGAAGCAGCAACAAAUGCAAAGUAUGGAGUAUAUUUAAUACCCCUGGAUAGGAUGCAAGUCCAUUACAUGUUACAGGGUAUAUCUUCAUUAAUCAAAACUAUAACAAAAUUGUAGAAUGUGAUUGGUUAUCACCAGUCUGAUUAAAGCCCUAAUAGGACAGUGUAUGCAUUGUGUUUGCAAUUGGACAGUGUAAUAGGACAGUUGGCAUGUCAUGCCUUUGUACAUGGACAGUACACAUCAUGAAAGUGUGCUGUUGUUGGGCAUUUCACUGAGUUAAUUGUUUUUUUUUUUUAAUGAAAACAUGGAAAGGAUGAUUACUUUCUCUUUAGAAUUUUGUCAUAAGUUUGAUUCAUAGGUGAUUAACAUGUAACUUUUCCCUGUAAUAUCCAUCAUCAUUCAGCAAUCAAGUAAUGAAAAUACUUAAACCUUUUGGGUAGAAAUUAUUAUCUUGAUCUAACACCAAAUUGUCAUCACUUAUUUGUAAGCUAGAGGGGUGAAUUUACAAUCAGAUCUUGGGAGUGGAAGGGUUAAAUGGGUAACAAGAUCUUAACCCUUUAACUCCCACGAGUGAUCAAGACAGAAUUUCUCCUUACAAUAUCAAUACAAUAUCAAGCAGAGAAGAGAUGAGAUUAUAGUAAAAUAUCAAUUAGGGGAUGAUUGGUUGAUCCAAAACUAAAUUCUCAGAACUAACAUUAUAUGAAUUGUAUGGUAGACAAUGAGGAGAAUUACUAAUGAGAUCUUGGAAGUUAAAGGGUUAAAUUUUGUAUUUUGUUUUCUACUCAGACUUUUGACUACAAUUACCACGACUCUUUCACUCGAGGAGUUGAGGCAUAUGUCACUGCAGAAGCAAAUGUAGCAGCUUCCAGCAACCAGUCAGUAGAUGUUGUGCGUGAAGCUAAGUUUACUGUGGAAGCAGCUAAAGAUAAACAGUUCUUCUUUGAUGACAACUCCGGUGCAUUAGCUCUGCCAUUCACAUUUGCCUUCUUGCCGUUCAAUGAUGAUGAGGUUGGUCUCUGUUCUUAGUCUGAAUUUCAGAACUCCUAUUCUGCUCUUUAGAUAAUGCUGCUUGUUGUGGUAGUCUUAUAGUAGUAGUAGUCUUUAUUUAUUCUUGAAACAUAAAAAGUGGUAAAAAUAGUAAAAGAUAAAACAAUUAUAAACUUGUAACACCACGUUGUGUUUAAAAAAUCGGAUGAUUGAUGUUCACAUCUUUUAAAGAUGAUUUGUUUCUGAAAUUAAAAUGUCAUCAUUUUCUUUUGAGAUUAAAUUUUAAAGAGGAUGGAAAUCAAAUUUGGGCACUUAAUUUAAAAUGUUUUUGUCCUGGUUUCAUAGUAAUGCAUAUGUGUAGUUCUAGUAGUCUUUGUUCAAAUAAGCUGUGAACUCCCCUGUAAUUGGGACUAGGGCAUAAUGUUUGGUAAGGAAAUAGAGAAAAAGAAAGAUUUUGUUUUGUGUCUUGUCACAAGCAUGGAACAAAGAAAAAAAUUAUGAGUCCCAGAGGAGGGCAUAGAGGGCAUAUUUACUACAUGUUGAUUGGCUGAGAUAGAGGGAAUUUUUCAUUAAAUUUGGUAAUUCCCCGUACAAAAUUACCUAAAACUGAUUAGUUCUUAGGAUGCCUAAGUUGUUUUUGACCUUUUUUAAAAUAAAAUUUUCCACUUAUGUAAUAAAAAAGUAAUAGCAAGUUUUGUUGUAAAGUUAAAGAUUGAAAUCACUUUUGUUUUAAAGAAGUUGCAGAAAUUGCUCUCGUCACUUGCUGCAUGACUCAAGAAUUUUCUGCAAUUUCUGAAAACAUGUGUGAUUUUAAUCCUCAAUUUAACUUAGCCCAUGGGAUUACCUCUACACAUUACCAGUAGGGAUAUUAUGUGACCUAACUCCAAAUUCUUGAGAUGAAAUUAAAUAAAAUGUAGGGCAGACAGUGGAGAGUGAUAUCUAGAUCUUACCAAUGAAGCGUCAUAUUUAAUAUGUGUAUGGAUGUUUAUUUCACAGCUUUAUCAGGUGUCACCUCAACAAAUUGAUGUAAUAGAUCAUCACUACAGGGUGUUUGAGAGACUGCAAAGGGCAAAAGCAGAAACAGAUGAGGUUUGUCACUAAAACACUUUCUUGUAGUGAUACCUAAUUGCAACAAGGUUUAAGGAACUUCAUCAAACAAAAAACUGAAAAAGAAAGUAGAAAAAAUGUGAGUGAACUAGCUUGUAAUUUCCUUCCCGUAGACAUCUCCUUUCCACUUUUUUUUAACCCUUUAACCCUUAAGAGUGAUUAGUGUAUAAUUUCUCCAGACAAUAUCACCCUGAAUCAAACAUCCAGGUCAUGAGAAUAAAGGAAAUGAUCACAAACUAAAGAAGCUCUUGAUUGUUAAACAAAUUCUCUCUGUCAGCAUCUUUGUAACUGUAUAGAAAGUAGUAUGGAGAGUUUACACAUUGAUGUUGGGGUGUAAAAGGUUAAAGAGGAUGAGGAAGAUGACAGCUUUUGGUUUUGGCCUUAAAUGACUCAUGUGGCCAUUCAUUUUGCUGAAAGCAUGAGGCAAAAACUGGCUGAGUCGUGCAAAAUCAAACCCUAGACUUUCUGACUUUGUGAUCCAGUGUUUUAUUACUGAGCUACAGAGAAUUCUGUUGUGGAUUAUGGAAGUAGUAUGUUCAUAUUUGAUAAGCAUCCUGCUCACUGCUACAGUCAGAAAUGUUGAAAGCCUCUUGCAAAAUGGAGCAGGAAAGAAAGUAAAGAACAUUUUAACCCUUUUCUUCCUAAGAGGAACUGGCUUCUAAUUUAUCUUGGUAGUAUCACUGCUGAGUCAAGCACAAAAGUCAUGAGAAUUAAGGAAAUGAUCAUCAACUAAAGAUGCUCUUGAUUGUUGAAAAAAAUUCUCCUUUCGUAUCAUAGGAAAUGUAUAGAGAACAGUAUGGAGAAUAUGAACACUGAUGCCAGGGUAUAAGGGGUUAAGUUAAGUUAGUAGUUCCCUUAAAAAGCCAUUCAUGUCUAUGAGUUUCAUCUUGCAUUUAACAGCCACUGUUGUCCAUUUUUUAGAUUGGAAAGUCAGCGGAGGCCACCUCAGAUGCUCUUGCAUCGAUGCAUCAGCAGUGGGACAGUGAAAUGAUGAAAGUGGCCAAUGGUGCAGUGGAUCCUGUUGCUGGAUUAGGCAGCUGUCAAUCAAUCAAGAACAGCAGUGAAGACUUAGAGAUGUAUUAUAUGACGGUACGGUCUCAUUGGAACCUUUCAAUUACUCCCAGAAGCAACUAACAUGUAAUUUCUCCCUUAAAUAUCCAAACAUUAUCAAACAAACAGGUAAUGAGAAUACUCAGACUUAUCAGGUAGUGGUUAUCUGCUUGAUCAAACACCAAAUUCUUGUAACUAAUUUACAAGGAAAUGUGUUGCAGCUGGAAAGGAGAAUUUACAAUCAUAUCUUGGGAGUCCAGGAGUUAAUCUGCUACUUUGCUGUUGGUGUUUUUACUUUCUGCACAGUCGGGAUCAAUUGUAGUAUUGUUGUAAAAUAUUCAGGUUUCACGUCACGUCAGUGCUCAGAAUUUUUGCACCCUUCUUUUCUGAUAUUAUGCGGCGCACUUAAAAGAUGUUUCCUUAUGUUGCUUUCUGAUAUUUUUUCUCUUCCAGAAAAUGCGGGAGCUUAUUCUUAUUAGUAGUGUACAAGUCCGUGUGGAGGCUGAAAAUGAUAUGCUGACUAAAACACUCGGUUAGUAGUAAUCCGUACUUCUUACUUUUUUACUUUUUUUAUUGUUAAGUGACUUACAAUCAUUUACUAACUUUGUUUACUCUUCGUAGGUGAAGUAACACCAGACAUUGUGGGAGCCAGGUAUUUUAAAAUGAUGUUAAAAAUGAAUUUCCACACUUCUUGCCCAACAUCUCCACAUGUAGUAUUCCCCUGUCUAAGCUGUGGCCGUUUUGAUCUCCUUGGUCAGAAGGAAUAAAAUUGGAGACGAACUUUGCGCCGAAAGGAACCAUUUUGGCGACCUUUCUCGUGUAGCAAGCGGUCGCGUCCUUGUGUUUUUGUAACGCAAUUUUCAAUUGGGUGUCCAAGACCAAGGUUAUCUCAGGGACUAAAUAGAACCAAGUUUUACAUUGUCAUUAGCCUAUGAGAACUGAAAACUGCUCAAGCGCGGGAAAAUGCGAAUGACCAAGUCACGAUUCUUUUAAGUUUUGCUUUUGAUUGGUUGAGAGGAUGGCACGAUUCUUCUGGACCCUGAAUCACAGAGCAAAGUUAGAGAAGAGCAAAGUUAAGGAAAACCAAAGCAACCCCGAAUUUCUUUGUUUUGUUUUGUUUUGUUUUGUAUUUCUCCGCGUGCCUUAACUUCAAUUUCUGGCGGUUUUUUUAGGAUUUUAGGACGUCAAACGGGGGUUUGGAGCUGGGGUAUGACUUAAGGGAUGUGUGGGGCUUGCGCAAAGUAUCUAGACAUGUAUUAGAGAAAAGACUGAUUUUUUGUCUUGGAAAAUGUACCCUAAAUUUCUACCACGAGCAUUUGCAAUCGUGGUUUUUGGUACAGUACUUGAUUUUGUCUGCCCCAUAUCUCGCCUCCAUGACACCUGCUGCUCCAUAAGUCUUUCUUUUCUCAUUACAUAUUUCACAUUUAUAAUGUGUUGAUAUUAUAAAAAUGAUAUGAAUUUUUAUUUCAUCAAUUUUUUUUAAGGUUCAAGAGAAUAGCGCUAGAUAUGUCCUCUAAAGAAGCUUCAGCGAUUCUAGACUCUGUGCACAAGAAGACCAAAGUGUUUGGAUGUAAUCUAGAAAAUUAUGUUAAAGUAAGUACAUGCACCAAGUCAUAUCAUGCAGUUCUUAACGACUCAUUGCGGAAAAAUAACCGCACUUGUAAUUGUUUCAAAGUUUUUGGGAAAUUUUUGUGACAUUUCCUUAGGUAGAUAUCGGGGAUUGACUCUUUAGACCCUAAGGGCCGAUUAUUUCAACCAAACCGCAUUCUAAGCCAUCUUCAAUUUAGCCGAACUUCUAUCCGAAUAAUUAAAUUUGUUAGUAGUGUUCAGAGGGCCGAAAGCUGAUAGUGAAAGGAUAUUUUUGUAAUUAAAUCAGCCCUCUUAUAGAGAAUCCCUGAGGUGUACUGCUUGCGUAAAACCGCGGUUUGGGUUAGAUCUCGUGUAAAAACCGGCUCUUAGUGACUUGCUUCUAAUGUUUUCUUACAAUAUCAUCCCUGAAUCUAACAUUAAGGUCACGAGAACUAAAGAAGUGAUCGCCAUCUUAAGAAGCUCUUGUUAGCCUGUUAAAUUGAUUGUUUCAAGUUUGCUUUAUUUCUCAGGUUACAGGAAGAGAAAUUCCAGAGGUUGUAGAAAGUUGUGUCAAGUUUAUUAAAAAGUUUGGUGAGUACUUGAAAUUCGGCCUUCCUGGUUAGUUAAUUAAGUUUUAUUAACUGAUUUGAUAAUGUGAAUUGGCCACCGUUGAGAGAAUCUCUGGGGAGUUUAAGAAACGACGACGGCGGCGAUGCCUUAGACAACUUCGGUUAAAAAAUGAACUUAUAUUUUACCAACGAAUCUUGCGAUACUCUAAAGUCAUUUAGUUUGUUUCUCACUGUCAAAACUAUCUCGAAACUGAAUAUGGAACACAGGUUUGUCAUUUCACGUUGUUGUUUUGCAGAGGACGCAAAGAAAUUUACAAAGAUUUAUAACGCACGUGCACAGCUAUUGUUCUUCUCAUUAAACUUUUUGUUUAGUGACGUUGUCGUUGCCGUCGUGGUUUUCUUAAAGUCCCUUUUAGCUGACGUCUUGAGCGGUAACCCUUCGUCAGAGAGAAUGACGAUUCUGGGGCCUCGAAGGAUUUAAAAAAUCCCUUAUUUUAGUUUAUGUCUGCUGCCCUGGGAAGUAUGCUGUCAUAACAUAACAGUUUUCAUUUAUUUUAUUGUUUUCGUAGGGCUGGACCAUCAAGGAAUAUUUCGGUUAUCGGGAUCCACAACGGAAAUAAACGACAUGAAACAACUUUUUGAAAAUGGUAACUGCCUUGAAAGUUAGGGAACGUUUUGUUUCUCUGUACAUUUAUCGCGUUGCGGCUGAAAUUCGCGGGUUUUUUUUUUUGGUAGGUCGUGAUCCGUUAGCAGGUCUGAAUCAUUGGAAAGAUAUCAACGCCGUGGCUGGUUUACUCCGGGUUUAUUUCAGGGAACUGGAAGAUCCUCUGUUUCCUAGUUCACAUUAUCAAGAAUUCAUUAAGGCUAGCUGUAAGUAUCUCGUUAUAUUGUUAAAUGAGGGUAGUUCCUCUUUUCUAACGAAGACUGAGGCCCUCCUGGCUUAUAACCGAGGAUAGUGGGUGAGAGGGAAAGAGUGGAUGCCAUGGCUGAGGAAAGCAAGCGGUUUUAAAAAUUGGAAAAUUGUUGAGGUCUUAUCAAAAGAGGGAUCUUGUACAGCAACUGGUAUUGACUUUUGCAAUUCAGCGUGAAGAACGGGAAAUUUCACAACUUUUUCAAGAGCGGGAAAUAUGAAACCCCUGCACAUAGCAAGAAAAAAUAGCGAGCUAAACCUUUGAAAGGGCGCGAAUUACGCAAUCUACGUCAAGGGGAAAUUUUACGUUCAAUGCCAAGUGCGGAAUAAUGUAUAACUUGUACCCAGGGUGAAAAAUUGUCCUACCUGCGUUAAGAGUGAGAAAUAUGAAACCGCUGCGAACACUGGGUAAUUAUGCGAUCAGUGCCCAAGGCGGGAGGGCCUGCAACCGGUGCGGAGGACAGCAAGUAGUUUUAGGCCCAGGCAAAGGGCGGGAAAACAUGCAAGGUUACCUGCGGUGAUUGUGCUCAGUCCACCAAGGUUUAUCAUCUCGGGGGUUUUUUUUAUUGUGAAAUUAUAUGUCUGGAAAAAAAAAAAAAACCUGAAUUUUGUACUUUAAAGUUGUGUUGGAUCUUUGAUUAUGGUGCACUAUCCUCUCUUUAUCUGAAGUGUCAGCGUCAGUAGAAGAUGGUAUCAAAGAAAUAAUGACUGCACUCAGUUCGCUUCCUGAAUCAGUGGUUCGAGUGAUGGAGUAUCUGUUUUCUUUCCUUAGCUUGUAAGUAUUAUAAGUCAAUCUUUUUUAAAAGCUCUGUUAGUUGAUGGUUUUCAUCGGAUCGAAGAUGUUACAAUGUAAUUUACCCAGAAAGAAUGCUACUCUCCUGAAAACCGAACUUCCCUAUUAAACAACGUGUCCCAAAUUAUUAACUUUAGCCCAAUGCAGAUUGAAACUUAGUUCGCCACUGACGCAAAGUGAAUGUUGCCUCUAAAUCUCCUCGAAAUACACAAUCUUUCAAGGAAUUACGGUCGUUUCGCUUACGUCUAGAGUCGAUUCGCCUACGUCCAAUAUGUCAGUUCGCCUACGUCUUAAACCCCGUACAAUGACAAUUAUUGUAUAAAACAAUUGAUUCAAUUGAAACAAAAAUUGAUGAUGUUCGAAAACUAUCGCAUGAAAAUUUGAUAUCACAACUAAUGAACUCUAAUGAUUACCAUGUUAAUUGGGUUCAUCUCACCGCGCUUUGACAUGAGAGACAAAUUGAUUUGACCCUUUUUGCAAUAUUGGAUAAAUGCUAUGAUAUAUAUCAAUGUUGCAAUUGUACCCUAAUAUUCAAAUUACUGUAAUUAUCAUGCUUUCCACGCUUUUGCACUGCUGUAGUGUUAUUCAUGCAUAUGAAUCGUAGGCGAACCGACUCUGGACGAAGGCGAAACGACCCGUAGGCGAAACGAGCUGAAUAGCUCUCAGUCAGUAUAGCUUUUCAGACAGUCGGUCUCUGUCAACAACAGCAAUUGUUCUUUUUAGAACUUUCUUGAAGACUACAACACAGCAAUUUCAGAUAAAAUAACAUCAUAAUUACAUAACCCAAUAGAAUGUUCCAGGCAGUUCCAUGGUAUGACAUCAGAAAGUUCGAGUAUCCACAUUGCCGUGACAAGGCAUUCUAGAAGUUUUCAAAAAACUGCUACUCUAUAGCCACUUCCCAUAACAAAGAAUACGUUCGCAAAAUUGAACCCCCAAAAUUUAAUGUUCUUCGGUAUGACGUCUCUCGGCAGAGUUGCACAGCACAGUGAAUCUAACAAGAUGGACGCCCACAAUCUGGCGGUAGUGUUCGGCCCGACAUUGUUACGUAUCCCGUCCGAACAAGACAUGAUAGCUUAUCAAAGUCAAGUGAAUGGAAUGAUAGAAUUACUUAUUAAACAUUGUGACGAGAUAUUCCCUGGCUCUGGAGAAUCGCUACCAGCGCCAUUAUCUGAGACAGAAGAGAGUGAGAGCGAGGAAGGUAAGUGUUCAGAAUGGAACGAUUUUUAAUGCCCUCUCAGAAGGAAGAGAGAGAGAAUGAGGAGUGCGUCAAGUAUUUAAAGCAUUUAAAACAUUGCUUUUAAAAGAUAUCUUUUUAGAUUAAAUAGAAUGUUGAAACAUUCUUAGAGUCAACACGUCCAUUUUAGCUAAAAAUUGCAACCAUCUAUCUUACUUCCGGUUCUUUUGAACCUCACUUGCACAUAACGAACUCUGCAACUCGCCUACACGUUAAUAUAAAACGCGAUUUAACAGCGAGCUGAGCGCUCGCAUUACUCGUGCGUUUCAUGCCAGUUCGUCGUCUUUUUUCUUACAGUCAUGGUUACUUUUUUUUCCUUUUUUUUCCUGCAGAUCUGGAGCCAAGGGAAGCCGAAGCGAUAUAUGAUUACUCAGCUCGAUCCUCCAAGGAAUUGUCCUUUAAAAAAGGCGACAUUAUUCAGGUGUUCAAAAGAUUUAACCCGGAAUGGUGGGACGGGACAAUCAAUGGAACUGAAGGCUUUGUGCCAGCCAGGUACAUUCGUAUGCUGACAGACGACGAUGUCGAUGCAAAUGAUGGCGAAGGGAAUAUCUCGAUCUCCGGCGAGCUGUCGCCAUCACCCAAGAUUUCAUCCAGUGGAAUAGACAGGCCUAGGGAUCUGCCUCCAAGGAUCCCCAAGAGAGAGGGCUCGCUACGAGGAAGGGACAGUUUACCCUCUCCCACAGCGGAUCAUGCAAGCCACGCAGCAGCAAGUCCCAUCGGAGCAAGUCCGAUAGGAGUGAGCUCUCAGGGGCCAUCUCCAGGAUCAUCGUCGUUUAAGAAGACCUCCGUGCCAGCAAUCUCAUCGGAAGAUAUCGUAAAGCGGCAGCUGACGCGGCUUCGUAAGGCGCCCAGAGAAGAGAGCGACAACUCUGUGGAUAAGACACCUGAUAAGGAACAAGGAUUCGUGAUACCAAGGCUUCGGAGCAUCUCGCCUACCAGAAAAUCCCAGUCACCUAGCCAGGAGAAGGCGGAAGAAGCCGAAAAGAAGGAAGAACCAACGGAUAAAGACUGGAGAGGGGGAGGUGAAGCUUCCAAAGAGGAAAACCGGAAGUCCGUAGAAGGUGUGUGGCAGCCACGAGAGGAAGUUAGCAUUCCAGCGAAUAACACUCCCCAGGGCAUUUCUCCGACAACAACGGCACCGGCACCGGCACCGAAAAUUCCCCCAGCGGUUCGCCCUAAACCCAAGGGAAACCGCAACCCUCAGCCCCCUUUCCGUAAAAACUCCGAUGAUCUGUUAGCUUCGCUGCAGGCUGCUCAAGUCGUGCGGAGUCAUCGGACUAGUGGCGGUCCUGACGACAACAGGAAGAGCGGAGGGUCUGUGGGGGACGACACUGCUUUUUGAGGGUCUC